CCCGUUGAGGCCCGGUAGAUUUUUUCACUUUCCCUCUCGCCAUACGAAAUUAAGCUGGCAAAAUUUUGUAUCGGAGAACAUUUUUUUCUGGGGAAAUCUCUGUGCUUACUACUCUUUCUGGAAAGAGUUUGUUCUUAGUUUAAUUGUUUUGGUGUGUAAUAUUUUUAUCUGCCAAUUUAUAUAACUAGAAGUGUUGUACUACACUUCUUUGGGGAUUUGUGCACAUAAGCUGUUCGAUAAAAUGUCUAAGCCGUUUUUGUACAGAAGAAGAAGUUCCAUCUCAUUCGGUCUGAUUCAGUUCCGGAGAACGAGUAUGUUUGAAGAAAGUGAAAACUUGGUAUUGUUUCAGGUGAGACACAAGUCGGGUGGAGGAGGAGGAGGAGGAUGGAGACCCAAGAAGAAAGUGUAUCAUAGAGUUGAUGAGCUUGAUAAAGCAAUAGACUUGAAGAAGAAACCAGCUCUGAUACUUCAACUGAAAUCCAUCAUUCAGGCCCAGAAACAUGGAAGCCUUCUUCUUAGGGAUCUUGAGAAGCAUGUUGGCUUUGUUCACAAGUGGAACUUAAUGGCUGCCAUUGAGAAGUACCCUUCCAUCUUUUUUGUUGGAGGUGGAAACAGAGAACCUCCUUUUGUUACGCUGACUGAGAAAGCUAAAAAUAUUGCAACUGAGGAAGGUGAAGCUACAGAGUCAAUGGAACCUAUUCUGGUUAAGAAUCUUAGGAAGUUGUUGAUGAUGUCUGUUGAUUGUCGAGUGCCUUUGGAGAAGGUUGAGUUUAUUCAACCUGCAAUGGGUUUGCCUCAAGAUUUCAAGACUACAUUGAUCCCUAAGUACCCUGAAAUCUUCUCUUUGAAGGUUAUCAAUGGUAAAGUUAAUCUUGUUUUAGAGAAUUGGGAUUCUUCACUGGCAGUCACUGCACGUGAGGAUAGAUUACUCCGUGAAGGAGUCCUCGAGCCAAUUGAGGACAGAGGAAAGAAGGUCAGGAUCACAAAGGAUGGCAACUUCUUGGGGAGAAAUGCGUUUAAGGUUUCUUUUCCUCCUGGUUUUAGGCCUAACGCUAGUUAUUUAGAGGAAUUUGAGAAGUGGCAGAAAAUGGAAUUCCCAUCUCCGUAUCUUAAUGCGAGGAGAUUUGAUGCUGCAGAUCCUAAAGCUAGGAAACGUGUUGUAGCCGUGCUUCAUGAACUGAUCAGUUUAACAAUGGAGAAGAGAGUGACCUGCGCACAGUUGGAUGCAUUUCACUCUGAGUAUCUGCUUCCAUCAAGACUAAUACUUUGCUUGAUAAAGCAUCAAGGGAUCUUCUACAUUACUAACAAAGGAGCAAGGGGUACAGUAUUUCUCAAAGAAGCUUAUGCUGGUUCUAAUUUGAUCGAGAAAUGCCCGUUGAUGUUGUUCCAUGAUAGAUUUGUUGCACUCUGUGGUCGGAGAGAAGCCAAUCCUAUCUCAUGAGUUGCAGUCUUCAAUAUAAUCUUAUACGAAAAGCCCGAGAUGUGUACCCCCAAGGCAUAUAACCCAUUGAUUAUGUUCCAGCAAAUAAGACUCAGUUUAUAGGGCCUAAACCUUAUAAGCAUUUUACUGUAUCAUUUCUUCAGAGUCAUCAUUAUCUUCUCAUGUGAAGAAAAGAAACGUACUUGUUAAGAUAUUAACUUUUCACCAACAAACAGAAGUGUAAAUAGUAUCUCUUGAUUGAUUGUGCUAACUUGAUGAAAGCCAGAACGUGUCACAGCGUCUGAUAUGGUACCAUGGGAGAUGUGACUGGCUUAUUGACCAUGUACUGCGAAUGUGAUGUGAACUAUCUUGUACAUGUGGAGGUUGUGGAUGCAGGUCGUAUUAUAAUACACUUGUUUUUUUCUCUCUGUACACGACUCUCUUGAUGGUUUUCUGGAGAAAACGAUAACGGAAUCUUCUUCGUGUUUACACACGACGGAACAUUUAUUUGAAUGCAGGGAAAGGGGGUCCAGGACUCAUGUGACUUGUGAAGGCAUCAUGGGAAAAGAGCCAAAGGGAAAGACAAUUAAGUCGCACUCCACAAUCCCGCCCCAUUUUAGUCCUGAGUGCAUUCAUGUUCAAAAACAAAAGUGACUUUCAGAAGACUUCACACCAAAUCCACUCGGCGUAAAAGAGGAAAAAAAAAGAGAAAUAGCAUUUUUCUUUGGCAUUGGUUAAUGGUAGGUCACUGAUAUUCCCACGUAAAAGGAAAAACAUAUGCUCUCGUAGUUCUUUUUUUUUUGGGUAUCAUUUUAAAUUUUAUCCCUUUGUAAUUUGUCUUUGCCAAAUCCUCUCUU